AUGGAUUCUGCUCAAUCGGAAGUCAUCCUUGCAGGCGACAUAGCACUAUCUGAUGUUGAAAGAAUUGUUGCAGCAGCAGCAGCGGAAAGUCCACCGCAUUCGUCAAUGCCCACUCGACCAAGCAAUUGGGUACCGAUUCGAGAACAAUAUCGUGGUCAACCUCGACCGCUCAAAAUUAUCACUAUCGGGGCAGGUUUCUCUGGACUUACAAUGGCCUACAAAAUCCAACACCAAUACAAACUUGGCGACCACAUUCAACAUGUUAUUUACGAGAAGAAUCUUGAUAUUGGUGGUACUUGGGAGUACAAACAUGCACAAACAAUUGCUCUAUUUGAUACUGGAUUUACAAUUUCUCAUGUUGGUCAUCAACUUAAUAUUUCAUGGACUUGCGUUAAAAAUGCUAUUAAACGUUAUUGUGAACAUGGUACGUUCAAAGAUCUUUCACGAAUGGGUCGUCCAUCGAAAAUUACACCAAGGACUGCUCACCAUCUUAAACGCCUAACAAAUGGAGAAAACCAAGCAAAUGUCAAUAUUAUUACACAAAAAUUAAAUGAUUCAUCGACUUGGUGUGUUUCUUCAAGAAGGCCUCCUAAGAGCCCAGAUUUGAAUGUCGUUGGAGAGUUAUGUGGCAUUAUUGACAAGAAACUAGCAUCAAAACCAAUUAAUACCAAGACAGAUUCACAAAAACGUUUACAAGAAGAAUGGGACAAUAUACCAAACACAUUAUAUCGAGCAUUAGUAGACAGUAUGUCUGAACGUAUUGAAAAAUGCUUGAAAGCUCAAGAAGGUCAUUUUUUGUGA